CACUUGUUUAACUUGAUGACAACUUUAUUAUAAAUAUCACCUGUGAUUUUAUUAUGUAAUUAAUUCAACUUUCAUUUACCAAGUGACAAAAAUUAAGUGAACUUAUUUUAAAAAAAGGCUUCUUGGCUUCAUCAAAAUUUUAACCAUUAUCAUUACCAACAGUAAUAAUCUUGGUCAAUCAAAGUUAUCCAUUCUGGAUAUUGAUAAUCUUAUUGGCUGAUUUUAACUUUCCUUUAUCAUCAAAAUGACCACCACAGUUUAUAAAACUGUAAGCUCGCAAAGUUUGCCAGCUAUACCUUGUGAUAAUGAUGGGAACCUGUUGAUGAGAGAAUCUGACACCUAUGAAGUGCUUAGGAAAAAGAGACAGGCCUUGGAGGAAAAGUUGCAACUUAAGCUUCAACAAUUGAAAUCUUUAUGUCUUAAAGAAGCAGACAUAAUUGGGGAACUUCCACCAGAGACUCCUUUAGAUCCAAAUGAACCUGCGCCACAGAUUCGUAAACGAAUUGGUGCUGAGUUUAUUUUAAAUCAAAAUUUGCUUCUCAAGGCCCGGUGUUUUGAAGAAGAGAAUCUGGUUAAAUUAGAACUUGAAUUGGAACUUCAAAGGAAAAUUGUCAAAGCCAACCUUAAAUUAACCAAUGAAGUUAACCUCAAAAAGAAUGUUAAAAAGAAAAGAUUUCAAAGUUAUCAAGACGCUGUUCUCAAAUUGAAAGAGUUAGAGAAAAAAUUAUUAGAUAUGAAGAAGAACAUGGAAGAUGGAAGUCAAUAUGAAAAUCAGCGUGCCCGUAGUGAGAUUAAUUUUUCCAGUUCUGACUCUGCUUCAAUUAAUAUUAGACCUAAAAGUAGUCUGGCUUUGGUAUCAGAUAUUAAUCAGUUUGACGAUGAUGAAGAAUCAGCUGAACACAAUGAAAGUUAUCUGUCUACCUCAGCUCCUUCAACCCCUGCAAAAUUUCGUGAACCCGAGAGGCAUAUAAGGCCCAUCUCACCACCUAACACCAUCACACCCGGAUCAAACAGAUAUGAUAUUCGUCCAUCCUCUGUCCAUUUUCCUUUUGAAAAGGGUACAUGUGAAGUUGACAGCCACCAACCCGAAAGAUGUAAGACGGCUGAACAUUUUUCUCAUGAUUACGAUUCAUGUUCGCUUGGAAGUGCUAGUAGCUGUGAAAGCAGCAUUUUCCGAGUAACAAAUGACACCAAAAGAAGAAAUAUUUUAUCUUUAUUACAGACGCGUAAUUCAAGUGAGUCUUUGGAUGCCGUUUCAUCUCAUCUUUACAGUUUACCCAAACGAGAAGUGACUGUUGAAUCUGUUGGAUCAACUCAACGUAUGGCUAAUAUUGGUGAACCUAAGCUAUCCAAUAUUGCACAAAACUCUAGUGAGCUAAACCUGUUGACCAGGAAUGAUAGUCUUGAAAAUACCAGAAGAAAAAGCUACGUUUCAGCUAUUCAAUCACCUCACAUUUCGGGAGCUUUGCACCACCAACCUCAGCAUCAUUAUCAUUGCUUGAAUAAUAGUGUAUUAACAGAAGAUUGUGAAGAAUUCGCACAACCCGAGCUGAUCACUAAAGGCCAUCGACAGACUCAACCAUUAUGUGUACCUGCUCCUCCGUCAAUAAACAUGGCUUCGAGACCCUUACCACCACCUCCAUCACCCUCUUGUUCAUCAUCUUCGUCUCGAGCCUCACCAUCAAUUCAUAAUACUGAUUCCUGCUCAUACAAUUCUAAAUUAGAUGAAUCUAAAUUGUAUCAAAAUGUUUGUGAAUUUAGUAAAGGGUCAUCAAUACCUGAUGAUCAUCUCGAUAUAAGUGCAAAAGCUGUUCGAAGCUCUAUCAUUCGAACACCUAUUGCAAUCACUAUCUCGACCAGCUCUACUGAUGCUUCUCAAUUGAUAAAUAACCGUCAACCAUCAACUCCUGCUCCUAACCUACCACCACGAACGCCUUCCUCCAUUCCCAGCUCAGCAUCGACCAUUCAUAAUGAUGAUAAUAUUUUCUUUGCGACUAAAGCAACAACCUUUAACCCUGAUAGUCUUGAACAAAGUCAUUCAAAUAUGCCUCCUCCUAAGGUUUGGUCUGAAACUGAUUUAGAUUCACACCCCAGUAAGAUCGAACGUAAACAUGAUCCAAAGUACGAUAGCUCUUAUAAUAUCUAUUACAAUGAUCCACCAGAGAUUGAUGUGGUCAGUGCAAAUUCUCAUGAUUAUGAGAAUAUUGAACCUUCUGAACAAAUAGAUUCACAUAUGAGGAACAUCAAGUAUAGUAGUUCAUCUACUAGUUCAUGUAAAGUUUCUCCUCGACCACCGUCGAUUCCAUUAUCACCAACAAUACCGACAGCGACAAAUGGUGUUGAAGUUAACGUUGUCAGCGUGGGCCAUUUUCAACCAUAUUGGGAAGAAACCAAACCUUAUGAGCUAUCUGAUUUCUUUAAGUACAGUGCGAAACAUCGUAAAAAAACCUUGACUGAAUCGGGAAAUAGUCGUAGCUCGUUAAUAAGUACCAAUAGUACAUCUACAACAUCAAUAGCAUCUCAACAAACAUCAUCUUCAAUUCCUGUAACCACAACAACACCGAAAGUUUCAAAUAACAAGCUUAUCAGUUCGAAUCCAAAAAUUCAAGGAGUUUCCAGUGCCAGCCAUGUAACGCCUUAUAGAGACCAAGUCCCAUUAAAGUCAAAUGGACCCAUUUCAAACAGUAAAUCAAUAACUAAAGAUAGCUCAAUUAACAAAAAGGAUCUUUACAAAGAUGAUGUUAAUUGGUAUGAAAAUGAUAUCAUCAAAAACCCAACCAUCGUCUAAUUUCUAUCUUAUGAUUCCUAUUGUGUCUUAUUGGUCUCUAUGUUAAUUUAAAAUUAAUUUGUGUUUCUAUUUAAUUCUUAUUGUGAAACCUAAUCUCGCAUGUCUAUGCCUCAACAAUUCUCGUUUGUUACUCUUUAUCGAACUCUAGUUAAAAAUUGAACUGAAACUCGUUAUUGAGCGAUAUGUUAAAGAUCUUGCUUCAAAGAAUACAAAAUUAAUUGUCAUCUCAUAUUUAUAUGUACGAUUACCUAUUUGAUAUUUUGAUAUUAUGCAAAGACUAUUAAACUAUUCUUCUAGACAACAAUUAA